AUGUAUACAUUCAACGUUUCCGAGAUGCUCUCCUUGGAUUUCAAACAAAUAGUGACCGUAGCCUUGAUGUUCUUCAUCAUCCGUGAAAUCAACUACUUGAUCAACAAUCUCAGUCGGAUCCUCAAUAAAAACCAAUGGAGGAAUAUUCUGAAUCAAGAGUCGCUGGAGAGGGAUCUUCCGAACCCAGUUUUUUUGCACCCUAAUUCUACCGCUGAGCCUGUAAGUUUUCCGGACGAAAUCAUAUUGGAAAUCCUUGAGUACGCUCCUCAACACGAUGUCUUGAGAAUGGCCCGUGUCAGCAAGAGAUUUGCUAGAAUUUGUAGAAUGAAACUCUUCAAAAAUAUAUACGUUGGAAGCCCGACAUCCAAUGUCUUACACCCAGAGUACAACACUCCAUUCUACCAAAAAUACACCAUCAUAAAGUACGAAAACUUUCUUAUAAACAGUGGGUCAUUGUUUUUCACAAGACGCCCAAUCCAAGAGUUUGUGUUCAAAGAUCCUAAAUUCUCUACUGGUUUUUUUGACAAAUUGAAGUCUUUUCACCCACAAGCAGCUUUCUACAUCGAGAACAAACCCAGGACAAAGUCUCCUUUUAAAACCCUUCGACAUAACUUGUUGAUUCUGGACAUAAGGAGGUUGGAUAUAGUUCCAGAAGAAAUUGAUUCUUUGACAAGUUUCCCUGAUUCUAUCAGACAUUUGUCGAUUGACUUCACUGACCUUCAAGAAAAUGGGGCAGCAUUGAAUAGGUGUAGAAAUACCUUUGCUGGGUUGACUUCUCUAAAGUUGAAGAAUGUGGACAGCCAUAUGAUUCUAGCACUUUUUGCUGGAGAGAAGAUCAGUGUCAGAAAGCUUUCUCUUCUGACCAGUAAUAGUGAAUUUGGCUUUGAUACGAUAGAGAAGUGUUUCGACUUGAGUACCAUUUCAAGCUUCGAGUUAUUAGAUAGGAAUAUCAACCGAAAGAAUGAAUCCUAUAAGCAGUUUAUAACCAAGCUUGCUUCGGUUCGCCUGUUAACACUUUCGUGUCCACAGUCAUUUCUCAGGGACAUUAUAACCUCUUUUAAAAAGAAUACACUUGAAGAGAUCAGUUGUCUAAUUGACACAAGCCACGACGUAUCUAUGUCAUUUAUUCAAGGAUUAAUCGAAGAUCAUGCACAGUCUCUAGUUCGUAUCAGCUGCUGUUCUUCCAAUGAGUGUUUUAUUUUGACAGACCUGGGCUCCUUAGAUAAGUUCACAAGCAUUCACACAGACAGGUCUUCAGAAUACUAUAUUGAUAUGGCCAAAGAAUUGCACAGGAAUUCAGAUGAUUAUCCCAAGUUGAAAUUGUUCGAAUUAAAUGGAGUUCCAAUUAUAUUGGAUAAAACAUAUGGCGAAUUAACUGGAAUAACUCCUCUAGUUCCCAACCGCAUCAGUCAGUAA